GUCCAUCACUCGCCUCGUCUUGGCGCCAUCGAAUGUUCAUCCUCGCCGCAUUCAGUCUUAAUCCGCUUCAAUGUCAUACCAUCGCUGGGAGCUCUUUUCGCUAGGAAGUAUUCCGCACGAGGUCCUUUCCAUUCUCCUGGGCUCUCUUCCAAAAGUGCCAGAUCCAAGACAAGAAGAGAAAGCACGGGAGCGGCAGUACUCGACUCACGACGAUCGACUGUCGGAUGACGACGAGGACGAGGAGACUCGGCGAACGAGUCCCUUGAUACAAGAUCACAACACAUCUCAACAUGAGGCAGCAGAUCAUGUAAACAAAUCUGUACAGGGAUUAACCGAAGAGGACGAAGACUCUCAGCAUUCAUGGAACGUGCCUGAUGAUGAGUGGGAAUGGUCGGACGAAGAGCCUUCUUCUAUCGUCUCCAACUCAAAGACUUCACGACCUUCUUCUUCAGUCGCCUCUAGCAACGCGAAGCAUGGAUCCUCACUAGCUGUGCCCAAUUCGAAAGCACAAAGGGCUUCUCCGGCCGGUCUGGGGCUUUUGGACUCAUCGAGGCUGUACCAGAGCGCCAGGGACGCGCCCGGAUCGUCAUCGUCCAAUAUCUCCACGCCAUCAUCACCUGCCUCAAUGUCUGGACAGAAAUCCCCGCUAGGAAAUGACAGUGCAGCAACAAGUCCAUUGAUAGGGACCACUGACUCUCACCCAUUGAGUGUCGCCCAGGAUUUAUGUAUUUCGAUAUGCGACAGUGGCCGUUACAUCGCCUGUGCAAGCAAGAAAAUGUUUGCUAUCCUCCAGCGACAGACUCAUACGUCGGCAUCGCAGUUGCCUGCGUUAAAUAUGGAUCAAGGACAAAGUUCGCCUAGGCCUAUCCAUGAAUGGGUCCUCGUAGGACAAGGAGCAGGAUUGGAUACCCCACAGGAUACAAUCACGGCAAUACUAUGCCUACCGCUCUACGUACCGCGAUCAAACCAGAGUCAAAUAUACGUGGUUAUAGGCUACAAAUCCGGAAUGCUAAGGAUCUUCAAUGAGUCCGGCCACCUGGUGGUUCUGCAACAGCUUCACCACACUCCUGUCAUGUCCAUCAAAGCCCGGAUCGGUGCUGGGAAAGUCCCAGGCGAGGAUGAGGAUGAGAUGACAAUUUUGCACGAAGGAGGGAAAGUCGUUUGCAUCGAGGGUGAAAGUCUUUGGGUCGUUCUUCGACUCUCCAGCGGAUCAAGUCGCUCCGUAGGAGAGAGCAAGUCGAUCCAAGCAAGCCAGGCACCGACGUUCGCAUACAAAAAAUGGAGUCUGCAGAAUCAAGAUCUAAUGGUGGAUGUUGUCAGUUGUGGUCCGGCGCGACACAGGCCCACGCUCUCAAAUGGGUUCUCCUCUUCCUCCAGCUCUUCAAUGUAUACAUCUCAGGCUACAGAGCGAUUUGUUUCUGUCGGUUCCAAGCCUAUGAUGGCGUUCUAUGCCUCCAGCAGUUCCGGUCGCCCGUUGUUUUCAGCUACGUCUCUAGCAACUCAAAUGGCCGCUAGGGUUACGAGCGCCGUGUUUGGUUUUGCAAAGUCAAUAUGGGGGUCAUCACCUUCUCCAAGGCCCGGUUCGCCGGCAUUGGGAAACGUAAGCGGGAGAGCCAGCCCAGAUCAGAAGCGGCUGUCGGGACAAGGCGUGCAGGACGGAACUACUGGUCCCUAUGGCAAUAUCUACUCUUCUGCCCUGGCACCCGCAACAGAGGUGCCUGCCGUGCUUUGGCUGAGCGAUUCUCAGAGAUGCAUUCGACAUUUGUCCUUGGCGCCGGCGCCUCCUCGAGGGUCCUAUUAUCAUUACCCGUCCAAGUUGGCGGCCAUGACAGAUUCACUGGGUCGCGUACUCCUAGUGGAUCUGGAAGAGUGCGAGAUUAUUCGGAUGUGGAAGGGACUUCGAGGCGCAAGAUGUGGUUGGAUCCAAGAGGAAAGGCUCGUUAAGUCCGCCAGCGGAGCAGACAAUACUUCCGACGAGGCGACUAUAAAGAGACAUCUGGUCCUGUACUUGGUGAUUUAUGCACCAAAGCGGGGAACAGUUGAAAUAUAUCCAGCUCGGCAGGGUAAGCGUGUUGGAGUACUGCAGGUCGGACUGGGAUGGAAGAUCUGCACUACAUUUACGAGCCCCAUAGGCAAGCCUAUUCUUUUGGAUCGGGCCACAGGACAGUCAAUCAUCAAUAAUCCUGCGGUCUUGGACUCCUUCAGCUCGCCAUCGCUAUUGCCUGCUACCUCACAAGCGGGCGUAGCGCCGCUAGGGUUGUCACAGUGUCUAUUAAUCGGUCCCACUGGCGAAGUAAGGCGUAUUGGAUCACGCCUUGCAAAUUCUUCAAACGCCGCCUCGCCUACCUUAUCAAGAGCUUCGUCUACUCCGCCACCAGCCAGUGCAACGGCAGAAUCAAUUGCAGGCCGUCUUCAAUCUCUCGGAGUCUCAUAAAUUCCAUAGUCUAUCCGCAAUAUACUCGUAUUCGUGGACGAGAGUGUCUUCAUGUAAAGCAAU